ACGUGAGAAUGAAGAUCGGGCAGAGAUUAAUCCACAUACAGCCUCACGAAACAUCUUUUUUUAAUCGUAUGCUUGGAUUGAUGGAGCAGCAUAGCUGCAUACUUUUGACAGAGAAAGUUCUUUGAGCCAUCAUCAUCAGAUGGUUUCGUGUGUUCAUUGAAGUCGGUAACCGUGCAUAAAAAACUUUCACAUUUCUUCAGUUUAUCAGAUAUGAUUACAUUCAUCUAUUAGCAAGAUUAUUGAUAACGUCGCCUAUCAUUAGUGUUUGAAUACGUUCUCGCGAAUCGAAAUGCUGCUGGAAACGUUGCUAGAUCUGCGAUCAAUCAAUUUGGUCAACUUUCUGUUUGUCCAGUUGUUGGUGGUGGUCGUGUUGCUGGGUGGGCUGAUUGCUACCAUCGAGAAACAUCUGCCCUCGGCCAUCAGUCAAACCUUCCGAUACGGUAAACAUGCCCACAAAGGCCCCCAGGAUCGGCUGGUGUCGCUGCUAGAGGUCCCGAAGUCAUGGUUCAAACAUUUCUACCUGUUUGCGGCCCUCUGGUCCGGGGCUGGGUUCUAUUUCAUGAUCAACACUUACCUGGGUGGAAAACCGGUACCCGAACAUGUGACCGAUUUUUUGGAUAUUAUGGCAACUUCAAGAAGAUCGGUCAAAACAACACCCACCGAAACGAUGGUGGCAAUGGUUCUCAUUACGCUGCAGUGCUGGCGUCGAUUCUACGAGACCUGGUUCGUGCAAGUAUUUUCCUCCAAGCUAAAGAUGAACCUAUCCGCCUAUCUCGUUGGCUACAUCCAUUAUUUCGGUACCGUGACGGUUAUCCUAAGCCAGGCGGAAGGAUUCGUUCGUCAUGAGGGAUAUUCGGUGCCCUAUCGAUUCGAGUUAUCUCCCCGGCUCGCCCUUGGGAUUGCAGUUUUUAUCUAUGCUUGGCGCUACCAGUUUCAAUCGAAUCUGAUUAUGGCCAACCUCAGGAAGGAUGCCACCGGCAAAGUGGUCUCACAGAAGCAUUCGAUCCCGCGGGGUGGUUAUUUCGAGCUCAUAUCGUCGCCACACAUGUUCUUCGAGAUCGUAAUGUACGUGGCGUUGCAUGGGAUUAUCGUGCGCAAUACCUCCGUAAUGUAUGUACUUAUCUGGGUGCUGUCAAAUCAGACGAUGAAUGCCUGGCUCACGCAUCAGUGGUACCGGGAGAAUUUCAAAGACUAUCCAACGGCGAGACGUGCCAUUUUCCCGUACGUGUUGUAGGACCUGAACACGUUGAUCCCCUUGCACAAGCGCACAGUGCCUUCCGAGUGUUCAACCUCAAUUGUUACUUAGUAUUACUGAAACAUAGGACAGUGAUGGAUGAUUCGAAUCGAAUAUACCUAUAAAUGUAUGUAUAUUCAUGAUGAAACUUUUCCGCUAACGUAAUGGAUCUAUAAGGUAUGUGUUUAUUAAUUUAUUUCCUCUUUAAACAGCAGUGAUAGAUUUGUUUGGUAAAAUCUAUAAGUUACUCCGUUUAUUGUUACACUGGUUUAUUUAGCGGUAGUAUUUAGGUACAAACGAAUUGUGUUUGUGCACUAAACUAAAUAAAAAAAAACUAA